CUCAACGCAGGUCUCUUGAUCUUAGGGGGAUGAUGGCGGAAGACGAGCAUCGUUGAAUCCGCUAGCGAUUUUAAAUAUACAUAUUAGAAGACUAUUAAUAAUCGUUAGUAAAUAGUCGACCUCCUCGGUCGCGCUAAAAGAGGCAAUGGGUAACGAAGCCAGCCUCGAAGGCGGGGAAGGGGGCUCCGGGGUUGGGAUGGCGGGAGCCCCAGGAUCCGUUUCAGCACCACCGGGCUCUGGACAGCUCAUCAAGCCUGUAAAUGGUGCUGCGGCCGGGGGUGGAGCAGCUAUGGGACCCGGGGCGGGUAUGAACAGACUGUCUGGUGCACCCUCAAGUCCCAAAACAGGCUAUGGGCCUACCAGUGGUGCUGGCACAGUUGGCACGGGGGGCGUGCCAGGACGAGGAGACCCCUAUCGACUAGCCACCCAUGAGAGCCCCAGGCCCUCUCCCGCCCCUCAAUCCCAGACUCAAGCAUCAUCCCAAGGCUUGGUAAGCGACCAGGGUCCUGGUCAGCAUGCCUCCAGACGCAACCUGCAAGUGGACUUCAGCAGCAGUAGUGGGGGGCGAUCGGGCCGGUCCCCCUCCGUGUCUCCUGACCGGGGCAGUGCGCCCAGUUCACCCUACUCAGUGCCCCAGAUAGCACCCAUGCCCAGCAGCAAGCUGUGCCCAGUCUGCAACACCACGGAGCUGACCAGUGCCGACGGAUCACCCAACUUCAACAAGUGCACCCAGUGUCGCACCACUGUCUGCAACCAGUGUGGCUUUAACCCCAACCCACACCUCACAGAGGUCCAGGAGUGGCUAUGUCUGAACUGUCAAAUGCAGAGAGCACUAGGAAUGGACAUGACCACACCUCGCUCCAAGAGCCAACAGCAGAUUCAUUCUCCCUCCCACCACCCCAAACCAGACCCCACUCCUCCCCACUCAGCUCAGCCCAAGACACAGCCUCCCCAGUUUCAGCAGUCUGCCCAGACCAAGACACAACCUCCCCACUCCCAGCCCUCUGUCCAUCCCAAGACACAUCCUCCCCACUCUCAGCCAUCUGUCCAGCCCAAGACACAACCUCCCCACUCCCAGCCCUCUGUCCAUCCCAAGACACAACCUCCCCACUCUCAGCCAUCUGUCCAGCCCAAGACACAACCUCCCCACUCUCAGCCAUCUGUCCAGCCCAAGACACAACCUCAGCUACAGCCUCAAACUCAGCCACAUUCCAAAAUCCAACCCCAGGCUCAAACCCAGGCUUCCCCGGGUCCUCAGAGACAGGUCCAGACUGGACCUCAACCAAACCCUUCCACCCAAACUGGACCUUCUCAACCUGGCUAUACACUUCCUGGCACCCAGUCAGGGCCCCAGGCUCCCCGGGGACAGCCUGCAGAGUUUGGGCAGAAAGCAUCAGGGCCAAUAGGGACACGGAUCCCUCAUCCUGGAGCUGUGCCCUUACCAGGAAUGGCCAAGGCCCCGUCGCAGCCAGAACUCGCCCGUGGCUCUCCAGUGCACCACAGGAGCCGGACGGACCAGAGCCGAAGUGCUGGAAGCUCACCAGCUCGACGACCUGUCUCUGCCCCAGAGCCCAUUGCGCAGGACGGCCUUACAAAGCUGUUUGGCUUUGGUGCAUCUCUUCUGAACCAGGCCAGCACCCUGAUCUCGGUCGAUCCACUCCCUGGAGGAGGAGCCUCACCACAGCCCUCACCCAGCCAUCAGCCGGGUGGCCAGGGAGCCAGGGUGGUCUUCAGUGACGCUAACGCUAAGGCCACAUCAGGACCUCCUGCAGCAGGCAAACCAGUGGCAGCCAGCGUGAUGCCUCCCCAGGGCCCUCAUGCUCCUCCACAGAAACAGCCACAGCAGCAGUCGCCAGCGCAUCAUCAAAAGGGGCCACUGCAGCAGCAGUCGCCGGUACAUCAUCAGAAGGUGCCACAGCAGGUCCAGCACCAGUCUCCUCUGAAGCAGGCUCCGCCUGCCAGCCAGGCACCCAAAGUCAACUGCCCAUUGUGUAAAACUGAGCUUAAUAUAGGAUCCAGUGAGCCAGCCAAUUUCAACUCCUGCACCCAGUGCCACACGCAGGUCUGCAAUCUCUGCGGCUUCAACCCAGCACCGGAUCUACUGGAGAAAAAAGAAUGGCUCUGUCUGAACUGUCAGACCCAACGACUAAGGUCCGGUGGACUUGAUGACUUACCUCUUCCAGUUCCUCAUCCAUCCCCAAAGCACCAAGCAAUGGGCUCUCCACGGCACCAGGUGCUGGCCAGUCAGCAGCCAGAUCAGCAGUCACCCUUCCAGAAAGUCUCCGGUAAUCAGCAGCAAGGACCCAAGGCAGUGCCGCCACAGCAGAAAGCCUCAGCAGCUCAAGGGAGUGGUCCGUUUGUCCCCACUGGAUCCAAACAAGCAGGAGAUAUGAAACCUUUCUCACAAUCCACCUCUGCUCCAACUUCCACCACUGUAUCUGUCAGUGAAGCACAGCGGAAGGACAACAUUACACCCAAACUGGACAAGGAGCUCAAACAUGUCUCAGCUGUCACUGAGGAGACCAAACCUACUAAUAAGAAGGGAACAACAGAAAUUAUUACCACCACCACCCCAACUAAGGAUGAGAAGAAGGAAUCACUGCGGUCCAGAUGUUAUGAGGAGACAAGCAAAACGAACAGCACCCAUGACCUAUCACGGAGCCCACAGAGUUUGAGUGAUACAGGCUACUCCUCUGAUGGGAUAUCAAGCUCACACAGUGAAAUUACUGGCCUCAUCCAGGAAGAAGAGAUCAAGUUAAGUGAGAGGGGUUUGUCUGGGAGUCAAACACCACCAAGCCCCUCAGAAAUAACUAAACUGGAAAGCUCCAUGCGACCUCUGCUAGAGUCAAAGGUAUCUUCUGAUGGCGAAAGAAUACGCAGCAAAGAGCGUAGUAGAGAACGCCACCACAGAGACACUGAUGGCAGAAAGCACAGAUCUCACGCACCAUCAAACAGUCCAGAAGACUAUGACUCUGAUGAGGAGCUGGAGGACAUCUUGGAAGAAGAAGAGGAUCCGGCUGACUGGGAGGCCAAACGAGAGCUCAGAGCAAUGGCUGCUGCUGGAGAUGAAAAGAAAAAGAAAAAGCUGGAACCUGCAGAAAUGACGGAUGAGGAGUUUAUGAGACGGCAGAUCAUGGAGAUGAGUGCAGAUGAAAAUGAAGAUGAGGAAGAAGAAGACAUGGAGGAAGAGGAGGAGGAAGAAGAGGAGGAAGAAGAGGAAGAGGAUGAAGGUUAUGGCUAUCAAAAGCCAAAAAAGAUACACAAGCACAUUAGUGACUCAGGAAAAGAAAAGCGCCGUCUUACCCACCAUUCAAGCAGCUUUGAGGAAGAGAGCAAAACAGCCAGUGACAUCUACAAAGGAUCAGCUGAAGAGGGGGAGGAAGAUCUAAUGGGUUCACAAGGAGGCUUACGGAGAUUCAAGACUAUAGAACUGAACAACACCAACAGCUACAGUCGAGACAUGGAACUGAGCAAUGAAAAUGAUUUGAGCUUGGACAGAGAACCUGAACUCGAAAUGGAAAGCCUUACAGGAUCUCCAGAAGAACGCUCAAGAGGAGAGUACUCCUCUACUCUCCCACCAACUACUUCCAGUUACACCUCGGGAACGUCUCCUACCUCUAUUUCCUCUAUGGAGGAUGACAGUGACAGUAGCCCUAGCAGGAGACAGCGCCUAGAAGAAGCAAAGCAACAGAGGAAAGCCAGGCAUCGAUCCCAUGGCCCACUCCUUCCCACCAUAGAAGAUUCCUCAGAGGAAGAUGAGCUAAGAGAAGAGGAGGAACUUCUGCGGGAACAAGAAAAGAUGAGAGAAGUGGAGCAGCAGCGAAUCCGAAGCACUGCCCGGAAAACAAAACGUGACAAAGAAGAGCUGAGGGCACAGAGAAGAAGGGAAAGGUCCAAAACUCCUCCCAGCAACCUGUCCCCGAUUGAAGAUGCUUCUCCAACAGAGGAGCUGAGACAGGCUGCUGAAAUGGAGGAACUCCAUCGUUCUUCCUGUUCAGAAUACUCACCUUCAGUCGACUCUGAGGCUGAAGGCUAUGAAAUGUCAUCCAAGCUCUACAAGUCUGGCAGUGAAUACAAUUUACCAACAUUCAUGUCACUUUAUUCUCCUACUGAAAAGCCAGAGACUACACCCUCAACAAUUAUUACAACUACCUCCUCAAGUGGCAAACCUCUAAAGAGUGCAGAGGAAGUUUAUGAGGAAAUGAUGAGGAAAGCAGAGAUGUUACAGAAACAACAAAAGCAACAGCAACAACAGCAGUCUCGAUCAGCACAGCAGUACAGUACCAGUGCCUACCAAGAGGAGGAUAGACGUAACGGACAGCAAUAUGAUGAUGAGUAUGAAUACAUUGACCAAGAUGAUACGGGCUAUGAGAAUGAGGAGGCAAGUGACAUCUAUGAAGAGAUUCGUCAGACCUCACAGAAUAUUACUAAGCAGUUGGAUGAUCAAGUGGAAAUGGAUGUGUCUUACCAAGAUAAACAAUUGCUAGACACAGGAACAGCCUUUGCUAAACUUGUGGAACAGAGUAAUGCCCUUCUCACUCCAGGCACGAGCCCAACACAACUCUCAGCUCCUGUAUCAUUUGCUGAAACAGGAACAGGAGGGCGAAUACCUGAUGUCAGAGUGACCCAGCAUUUUUCCAAAGAUGGACAUAAAGAUGGACUCAGACGUCAUACUGGCAAAAAUGGCAUCACACCUGCAGCAGCUGCCACCACUAUUGCUGCAUAUGGAGUAUAUGCAAGGGAUGCUGUAACUGUCUCACAAACCAGUACCAGUCAAACAAUGACUACAACACAGUCCACCUUGUAUGGUCGGCAGACAAGCAGCACUGCCACAGCCACAACCAGCAUUUCAAGUGUGUCCAGUAAAAUAGCUGAAAUCACUCAGGCAUAUAGUCAACGUGAAGGAAGAAGAAUGUCAGACAGUAGAGUCCAAAUGAGAGAGACUGCAACACCAUCAGAUACAAUAACUGAAUCUCGUACUCCUAAAGUCUAUUCAUACUACAAAGGGAGUCCACCCCUUUCACCUACUUCACCACCAUCUCAUAGUCCAGUUCGAUCUCCUUCUAAGAGAACAGCUGAAUUUUCAAGUCAGACUUUCAGCCCCUCAAUGGUAGCACCCUCUGGAGGUUCUGGCCCCACAUCUCCUGUUAUUGCUCAGGCCACCCAGACACCUCAUAGGGCCAUUUCACCUCGCCUCUUUAGACAACAGUCCUCUCAGGAUGCCCCAUUCAUGGUGAUAUCUAUUGGAUCUGAGCCCACUAGCCCACCAAAGCCAGUUACUGUUAACACUGCCACCUCACCCUUGUCUUCACCAACAAAAUUUAGCCGUCAGUCAACAUAUGAUGCAUAUUCACCACCUGUAAGCCCUCCUGACACACCACCACACCAACAGGCACCUCCCCAUGGUUUCUACAGAACUUUUAAGACUGAGAGAGUUGAUGUUGGAACAAGCAUGGUAACUACUGUUAGCACUUACACUCGUGGAUCACUGUCAAUGGAAAACAUAUCUCUGUGCCGUAUUUCCACAGUUCCUGGCACUUCAAGAGUUGAGCAAGGACAGAGGCUACAGAGUGCAAGUGUAGUGGAUCUGAGGUCAAUUGCAAAGUCAGCUCCAGUUAUUAUGACAGAUCAGGGAAUGGACUUGAUUUCCUUGGCCACAGAAUCCCGAAAGUAUUCAGGGAGUGUUGAAGGGAGCCCCAUCCGCCAAACCACAACUAUACAACCCGUCAUCAUGAACUUGAAUGUCCAGGAACAGCCACACGUGGCUGUUUCCACAGCCACAACUGUCAGUGUGACUGUUGCUGCCUCUAUGUUCAUUUCUCAGCCCAAGUAUCCUGUGGUGUAUGGUGAUCCUCUUCAGAACAAGGUUGACUUGACACAGGGCAUGGAAACUAUGGUAUGCCUUGCACAGAACAAGCCACCACCAACUGACCCUUCUAUACCAAAUAUUGAUGCCAAGUUAGAAGACCUCAGUAUUCAGCAGCAUCAAUUACUUAGACAGCAGCAGAAGCUGCAGCAGCAGCAACAGAUCUUGGAGCAGCAACUUAAACAUCAUCAUCAACUUCAACAACAGGCUGCAUCUUUUUCAAAGAUUAACUUAUCCAGUCAGUUGCCACUAUUAAAGAAAGACUUGAUAGUCAGCCAAACAAAUGCUGCCCCAGUGGUCUGUGCAAUAUCUCCAGGUGUGGCACCUGAGAUGUACACCAUUGGAGGGCCCCUUGACCUGAAAGGUAAGGCACCAGAGGCAGGUUCUUCGAACCUGACAGCUGCUCAGCCUCAUGUUAUGAUGGUCCAGAUGGAUGGCACAGCACAAGGAACUCUGACCCAGUUGAUCAAACCAGAGGAAAGCCAGGAUGUAGUGGAUCUAACAGGACAAAUCAAGAAAGAGAACCAAGUGGCUUGCUGUGAUGUAGUUUAUAACCUGCCCUUUGGUGGUAGCUGUGUCAGUAGUCCAUUCUCCCAGAAACCAACAGCAGAAGAUGCCACAAAUGUUACUGAGCCAUCAAGGCCUCCUUCUGCACCACCUCAGCACUAUCAAUCACUAGAGUCAAGACAAGAGAGACAACCAAGCCAAGAUUUUGCUUCGAAAUCAUACACAUUGCCAUUCCCUGGCCGGAUGCAACCAUCCAUGUCUGAGACUAAUCUUGCAGAAGCAGGGCUCCACUCCUAUCCAUCAAAGCUUGAUCCACACCUGCAAGCUUCUGGAGACUUAGCCAUGGAUUUAAGCUCGGUGAAACAGGGCUAUGAAGGAGGAUACUUUGGGAUGGGAAUUCAGUAUGGCUCUUACACUGAUCUUCGUCAGGGAGAUGUGGGAACAGCCCCUCUGCCUAUAAGGAGGUUCAGCUCCUUGUCCAAUAUCAGUUCUGACUAUGGAUACUCAUCCCGUGAUCUUUCUAGUUUCCAGGAGUCUAACCUUGCCCAGUAUAGUGCCACUACUGCCAGAGAAAUUAGCAGAAUGUGUGCAGCUCUUAAUUCAAUAGAUAGAUAUGGCAGCAACCCUGAUCUUUUACAGUUAGGUACUGGACGAGGAGGUGGCCUUCCUGGUAGAUAUAAUCUGCAGCAGGGUCCUAGACCCAGCUUCAUGUAUGGUCCAGAUGGAAAGCCCCUUUCCCAAGCCCUCACCAACCUCAUCAAUGCAAGACAAGCAAGCCUUAGAGCCAUGUAUCCAUUAGCUAUUAGAUCAGCUGACGGCAUGAUAUAUUCAACGAUCAACACACCCAUUGCGUCCACAGUGCCAAUCACUACUCAGCCUGCCUCUGUACUGCGUCCAUUAUUAAGAGGUGUUUACAAGCCAUAUCCCACACCAAAUAUGACACCAGUACCUCUGGCCAGCCUCACAAGAGGGCCUGUGGCACCCAGAAUGCCUCUCACAGGACAGGCACCUUACCGUUUCCCAACACCCAGCCGUCUUCCUGUUGCAACCUCUGCUACUGUAAAUGAGUCAAUUGCAGUCACAACAGAACAGGAUGUACCUGUCUAUCUUGGAAAGUCUUCAGUAAGCACAUCAACUCAUGGGACAUCUGCAGCACUAACUCAACCUUGUGCUGCAGCCAGUGGUACAAGCUUAGCAAUGCCUGUCUCAACACAGGUAGUUGUUUCAGAAAGCCACUCACAGCCUCAGCAGCAGCCAAUAAAUCUUUCUCAGCCACACUUUCACACCCAGGUUCCUGCCCAGCUUCCAGGAAAGCCUCUAGGAGUACAACCUCCACCUCCACUUGCACACUCUUAUCAUCCCACUCACAGUCAACUUCCAGCUAAGUCUGUUUCAACACAGCUACCUCCUCUAAUGCAAACACCUGCAACCACUACAACAGCUCUGGGAGGUCCUCCACAACAAAAGGAGACAGAGGAAGAAAGGCUACAUCGUCAACAGGAGCAGUUAUUACAAUUUGAGAGAGAGAGAGUAGAGCUAGAAAAAUUAAGGCAGCUGCGGCUUCAGGAAGAGCUUGAGAGAGAGCGUGCAGAAUUGCAGCGGCAUCGGGAAAAAGAGCAUAUUCUGGUACAGCGGGAGAUUCAGGAAUUGCAGACAAUCAAGCAGCAGGUUUUGCAGCAGCAACAGGCUGAAAGAGAAAGCCAACUGGUUAUGCAGAGAGAACAACUGGCUCAGCAGAAACAGCAGCUUGAUCAAAUACAGUCCCUUCAACAACAGCUUCAGCAGCAUCUUGAGGAGCAAAAGAGACAAAAGACGGCAGCUGCAGCCGCAGCAGCUGCAGCUGUAGCCAGUGCUAGUGCCCAACUUGUCUGUGACCAAUCUGGCAGAUUUAUUCAGCCACAAGACCUGCCUUCAAAUUUGCCAUAUGGGGAUAUUCAGGCCUCUUCUCGGUCCCUGCCUAAUUCUUCAUCUGAGAUGUGCUUGAGGAAUAACGAGGGGCAAGUAGAGAGUAGGUCUAUGCGGAAACCAAGAUCAAUGCCUCGUCUACAGGAUGGUGGUGAAGGAGAGGUAACAAUGUUUUCUUUGCCUCGCAGGAAUGUAGACAGCAGUGUACAAACAGAUGAUGAGGAUGGAGAAGAAAGAUAUUUGAUGUCCAGAAAAAGAAGGACUAGGCGCAGUGUGGACUGCAGUGUUCAAACAGAUGAUGAUGAAGACAAGGCAGAGUGGGAGCAGCCUGUCAGGCGGAGACGUUCCCGGUAUUCCAGACACUCUGAAUCUGGGGCUGAUCCUAAAACCGAAACUCCUACUUCAACUGCAGCCGCCAAAGUUGCUUCAUCUAGCAUUGCCAUCCAAACCAUUCGGGACUGCUCUUGCCAAACGGAGACUGAACAACUAGGGAGGAUCUCCCCAGCCAUACAUGUCACUGUGCCAGACCCUAACAAAGUUGAGAUUGUCCACUAUAUUUCUGGUCCAGAGAGAACUCAGAAAGGGCAAAGCUUAGCUUGCCAGACUGACCCUGAGGCCCAGUCUCAAGGUGUGGUGGUACCACAAAUUAACGUAGCCACCACUAUUAGCCCAUAUUCCAGCAGUGCACAACUUGUUGGUUCAGCAGAUCCAUUAUCCCCUCGUCAACAGGGUGUUGCAAAGUUCGAUAGACGGAAACCAGAUCCCUUGGACAUUGGCUAUCAGCAGCACCACCUGCACAACGAGUCAUUAUCAAGUGUGAUUCGGCAACCACCUAAAUCCCCUCAGGUGCUGUAUUCUCCUGUAUCUCCUCUGUCUUCACCACAUCGCAUCAUAGAUUCAUCAUUCUCAUCUAGUGAGAGGCUGAAUAAAGCCCAUGUCACUCCGCAGCAGAAGUCAUACACCGCUGAGUCACCACAGAGACACCAGAGUCUACCGCGGCCUAUGAAGAAUGUUCAGAGAUCCAUGUCGGACCCCAAGCCCCUUAGUCCCACAACUGAUGAGCAAACCAAGGCUAGAAUAUCCCUUUACCAGCAACAAGCACUUCAAAGUCAGUUGGCGGCACUCCAACAGAGCUCCCUCCUGAGAAAGGUUAAACGAACCCUGCCAAGCCCCCCGCCCGAGGAGACUCAGAUGCCCAUGGUCACUCCUGCCCUGCCCCAGAUGUAUGUGCCCUCUGUGCCCUCCCUGAAGGCUGGUUCUCGUCCAGGUCUGGCAGCCAAAGCCAGCCUCCUGAAGGACCUCACCCAUGAGCUGAAGGCUGUUGAGCAGGAAUCCACUAAACUACGGAAGCAGCAGGCUGAGCUGGAGGAGGAGGAGAAGGAGAUUGAUGCCAAACUUCGAUACCUGGAGAUGGGCAUCACACAGCGAAAGGAAACUCUAGUGAAAGAGAGGGAGAGGAGGGAGUUGGCAUACUUGCGCUGCAUGGGUGACACACGAGACUAUAUGUCAGAUUCUGAACUAAACAACCUUCGUCUGGCAGCUGCAGCUGCAUCCUUCGAGAGCAAUGGGCUUCUGACAAGACCCAGCACGGCACCACUUAGCCAUUUUACCAGUGAUCUGAACACUGCUGCACAGUUUCCCCCUACAUCGUCAUUUGCGUCCUACCAGUACCCACAGAACCAGUCAACAGUAUCUGCACCACAGGCCUCCACAUUCCAGAGCACUGGAUUCAACCAGCCUCCCUAUCCUACAGUCUCCCAAGCCCAGGCUCUCCCCCAGCCGACACCAUUGCAGACCCACCAUCCCACCCCAUCUUAUCAGGGUCAAGGGACCUUCCCCUCCCAGAGCUUUCCACAAAGCCAACCACCAUACCCAACAGACCAUACCGUGCUACCUGCAACCCAGCCGAGCCACCCAGGGUUCCAGCCUCCUCCACAACCACAUGCUGGUCCAACUCCUUACCCAACGCACACCACGCCAUACCCGAGCCAGGCACCCCCCUACCCGGUCAGCCAGACGAGUACCUACCAGCCGCCAGCAGAUAUACUCACUGUCCAUCAGAGGCCACGUCAGACCUCACUGGCAGAUCUUGAACAUAAGAUGCCGACUAAUUAUGAGGUUAUAAGCAAUCCUACUGUUGUAGUAACAACCUCUGCUCAAGAUUCUACCUACAGCCAAUCUGGUUUGGCUCCAUCUUAUGGACAGUACAGCACAACAAUGGCAAGCACAUAUGGGCCAUACUCCACUACUGUUUCAAGUGCUUAUGGUGGGUACUCAACCACAACAGCAAGUACAUAUGGGCCAUAUACAUCAACUUCAACAAGUAGCUAUGGACAAUAUGCUACAACCACAGCAAAUACCUAUGGGUACACAACAACUACAGCCAGUUCAUAUGGACAGUACACCACUACUGUUACCAACACAUAUGGUCAGGCAACACUGUCCGACCAUGUGCACUCCGUGGAUAGCCCCUCUACUUAUACUAGUGAUGGCGUUUAUGGUUCUUCCAACCUGGAGCAGAAUGUCUCCAGGAACUACGUAAUGAUUGAAGAUAUCAGUGAACUAACCAAAGAGGGCAUGGGCACCACCACCUCAGACCCUCAUCGCGGUGAGGGCCACGGGCGAUAUGGGGGUGAUGGACUCCACACACGAGGGGGGAGCUCCUACGGCAGACCAGAGGACGAGCGUGACGCAGAGAUGUACGACCAUCACCAUGGCAGGGGUAAGAGCACCGGCAGCUACCAAGCGCGAGGGGCAGAUACGCAUGGCCGGGUAGUGGGCAGCUGUAGCAUGGGUGGGGGGUCCUCAUAUUACUAUGAUGACUACAAGCACUCAACAACUACAAGGGCAGCCCAGAGGCACUCCUCAAAGAGCCUGGCUCCAGCUGUCAUGUCCACCAAGAGGAGUAAACAUCGUAAACAAGGUUUGGAGCAGAAGAUCUCCAAGUUCUCCCCAAUUGAGGAGGCUCGUGAUGUGGAGGCUGAUCUGGCCUCAUACACCAUGAGCACCUCUACCACAAGUGGUUAUGGUACAGGUUCCCGUACGCGGAAACUCCAAGAUGAAAUCUAUGGGCUGCGGCAGACUACAUAUGACCCGCAUCGAGGCUACUAUGAUGAUGAACGUCUCUAUGGCUAUGGCAGGUCCCGCUCAACUGGUUAUGGCAUGGAUAAAAUUUCUUCGCGGGAGACAAGCUACCGAAGCAGGUCUUAUGAACGGGACUACACAGACCGGUCAUACAGAAGCAGCUGUGGUCACAGCGGACGGCCUGCUUUGCGAUCUCAGUACUCUGAAGAAGAGAGUCCACUCAGUCCCAUGGGAAAGCUCAUGGGGAAUAGGCGGGCCUACUACGAUCCAUCUAAUCCAUAUGGCUCAAGUCACUCUCUCCCUGAUGUGCAGGACCAUAUUCGAGACCUGCCACGGACCCAUGUCUACAAGCCCGAUGAUAUGUACAUAAUAGACGAUAUGUAUUGCGCUGUGUCUGACAGUGAAGCCUACCACCUUGGCCAGGAGGAGACUGACUGGUUCGAGAAGCCACGCGAUGUUCGUGGUUCCCGUCACUACAGCAGUGGCCAUUCGUCCACUGGGAGGCGAAGCCACGUUAAGCACACAUACCAUGACUAUGAUGAACCUCCAGAGGAAGACCUUUGGCCACAAGAUGACUAUGGUCACUCUCGCCACACAUCCUCUCGAGAACACCGUCACCAUGGUAGUGGAAGCUCUGGCAGGCACUCAUCCUCCCGCCACUCUGAUGAACCACGCUCUUCUCGAUCGUCACGCUCCUCAAAGGACCCAUCUGUGCGGCACGACUCCCGUUCCAUGUCCUCUUCUUCUGCGAAGAGGGGUGACUCUCGGUCUCAGGGCUACCACUCCUCUGACUACUCCCGUGACCCUUCAGGCCACCACCAUGGCUCCCGCUCUGGUAAGCAGUCCUCCCACCACCAAGGGUCUUCAAGCAGGAAGCAGGAUCUUCAGAGCCACCAAUCAUCUUCUCGACAGCCAGGUUCAACUGGGACAACGCAAAGGGCUCCAGCUGCAUCUUCAAGCUCAAGCAGGCAGCCUGCUUCCCAGCAGCCACCUGAUACCCAACAGCUGGGCCAGCGAACACAGCUACAGCAGCAGGCACAGACAUCAACACCCAGGCCAGGACAGCAGACACCUGCAGGGAGUGCCACGCAGCCACAGCCAGCACAAGCCCAGCAACCUCAAGCCAAACCUGGACAGACUGGGCCUCCAGCACGUCAACCUGCUGCAGGAGGGCAACCAGCACCUGCUACGACUAAGCCAGAGCCUACUCCUGCCACUGCUAUUGGAGCAAAAGCAGUCACCCCUCAGCCUGCCAAAACACCCCAGCCUCCGCUCACAGGGAUAGGCUCCAAGGCGGCCCCGAGGCCUGUUGGAAUAGGCAGUGCGGCCGCAGCUCAGCCUGGUAUGGAAGGAGAGAGCGUGCUGUCUAAGAUCCUGCCCGGCGGGGCCGCCGAGCAGGCUGGCAAGCUAGGAGAAGCAAUUUCUGGAUUUGGCAAGAAGUUCACGUCCUUGUGGUGAAGAGGUCCAACUAAAGGAUGUCUACAAAAUGAUGGAGGAUGUUAGGUUUUGUACUGGAAAACCCUAUGAAGUUCCCCUUCUUCUGUGUUUUAAUUUUAAAAGAAUGAGAGAGAAAGUGAGAGAGAGGGAGAGAAGUCAUCUAGGUUCCCUGCCAACCAGGACUGGAAUCACAGGACUCUGUUCAGCCUAGGCCUAGGCAUACGAACACAGAGGGACUACACUGCUUUCCUCUGGCAGGCCAGACAGAUUUUUCUGUGUAUUUUAUGCAGGUCGCUCAGAGGUUGGAUUCACUCAGUCAUCCCUGUUCUGGCAAGCAAACAUGACCAAAGAUACAAGUAUCAAGAUCCCCUACUGCAGCCAUUGCAGCCUGUGAGCUUUUCUCUCAGGCCUCCAGAGGGCAGUGUGAAAAAGAUGAUAGAAGGCAAAGAUCUCCACAUGUCCUGCAACAGCUGAGUGAAUGAGCAACUCUAAAAUGUUGGUCUCACAUAGCUUCAUAACAGAAGGAGACCUUAUACGUUGCUAUGGCAAAUGUCAUUGCAUGAGUGCUUUUCGUCAAAAGAAAUGAUUUAUGUAAGAACAGCAAGGGAGUAUACACAUUGCUUCAGAAAUUCCGAGCACACGUGAACACAUGUUCAUGGCUCCAUUGUAACAGUGCUUUGUUUGCUGGGAGUUGUGAUUCCAUGUUCCUGUAUCUACUUAGGCAACAAACUUUGCUCCCCUCUCAUCUCAGGGAUGAUAGGAGAUUCUAUGAAAAUAAAUCAGUCAAAACUUCAUAGGUUUUUCCAGUCCUGUAAAUGACCUCCUUUUUUAUCUGAUGAGACAGCCUUUUGGAAAGAAGAAAACAGAAAAAACAAGGAAAAGGCAAAGUGAAAAUGACGACAACGACAACAAAAAUAUUUCCAUCGUACACUCAGUCUCUACAUUCCAGAAUGGAAAAAAUACUUUUUUUUUUUCUUCUCUGAAUGCAGACUGUUGUUCCUCUAUUCUCUUGCGAUGUGUUUGAGGAGUGUACAGUGGAUUCAGAAUGCAUGUAACUUUAUAUCCAAGACCUUACACUGUUCGCCAAUUUGAGGUGAGUGGCCAUAAGACACGGGGGAUUCAGGAGAAUGCUAAAAUGAAAGGAACACAUAGAUGAAGAAAUAACAUAUAUAUAUACAAGAGAAACACCGGACAAGAGGACUGAAAUGGUAUUGUUUGAGAUAGAUAGAAAGGCUUUGAACAGUCAGGUCUUGUUUGUCAGUUAGCCAUUACAAAGCCAUUAAAAAACCAUCCCGAGUGGGGUUGGGACUGUCACAACCGUUCUACAAUGUUGGGGACGUUUGUGUUUCUGGUUAUGAUUUUGUGCAGUCUGGCGUUUUAUUUUGUUGCCUAAUUUAUUUUUGUUCAUUAGAUGUCGCCUUAAACAUUGCCACUGAUUUUGUUUUUCAGGGAUUUAGUUUAGUUUUUUUUUUUAGACCAUGAGAUUAAAUUAUUGUUUUCACACUAGACACUGUUUGUAUAUAAUGAUAAUAAGCCAAAAUAGAUGCUAGAAAGUUCAUUUAUAAUUUUUAUUUAUUUAUUUUGGGAGAUGGUGUUUUAUUUUAUAAUUUAUUUUAGUAUUUAGUCACCAUUAGUCUGCUGUAAUUGUUCAAUUACUAUUACUUAAUUACAGUUUUUCAUUCAUUUUAUUUCAUUUUUGUAUUGGUUUAGAUGUAGAAAAAAAGCAAUAGUGUCAGACAGUUGGACAAGAGCACAAUCGUUCGGUAUUAAUAUACUAGUGGUCAGGAGAGCGAUGCAUCUGUCUAUAAAACUGAAAUGUUUCUAGAAUUCCCAAACUUGCUGUUCAUUGACUCUUAAAAAUGUUGCCCACUCCUUAAAUGGGCAAAAAACCCAAACAAGUUCAUAGCAAAGCAAUAGUCUUUAAUAAUAAAAAUAUAUAUAUCUUUACACACGAUUUUUAUUUUUAGUUUAUUUUAUAUAAUUCCAGUGGAAUAGACAGAAUAAAAGUAUGAAAAGGUUUCUAGGGACUGAGGUAUGGAUAAGUGUCUUUGGCACAUCUAGGACCACAAUUGGUGUCAAUAUUCCAGUCUAACCAAUCACAUUACACCGUGACAAUUGGGUGAUUUCCUGGCAAUGAGGUUUAGCCCAUACAGUACUGAGAAUUUGCAUGUAAUGUACACAAUUCCUAGUAGAAACAAAAGCCUCUUAGGUCAGGUCUUCCAACAGUUUGAUCAGUUUCUGUACUUUUGUUGCUGACAGGUUAGUGAUGGACCUUUAGGUUUAGCGGUAUGAUUGCGAUGUAGCUACUUAAGCUGGUAUAAAAGAGCAUGUUCCUGAAAAAAAAGAUUUUUCUUCGAUAAUCACCUCGAUAUUGUUACAUGUGAAUGAGUGAAUAAUUUUGGAUGUAUGUAUGCCUUUGGGUUUAUGAUCACUGAAAAACAAAAAGAAACAAAAAACUCAGAUUAGUAAACAAAGAAGUGGUUUUGAUGGGCAACUUUACAUUUCAAACGUUCUAUGCAAUGAUUCUUAUUCGGGGAAAAAUGUUUGGAGAGACAAGUCACCAUUCAAUACAUCACACUAGUCACACCAGAUGAAAAAAUAGACAGUAGUUCCAACAAAAAUAAGAACUUAAAUACGGGAUUGACUUGUUUGUAAAUAAGUAAUUGUAUUGUAAAGAGUUUAAUUGAACUUUUUGUGGCAUGUUUGAGUCCCCCUUCAUGCAACUUUCAAGGAGCAGCCACAUGGUCAUCCUCGAGUAGUCAUACAUUUCUAUCACUUCCUUCUCACCUCACCCACAGGAUUGUGGGUAGCUGGGAAACCUACACUCACUUUCCAUAAAUCAAUGUGAUCAGCUCACCUGUUGCUUAGCUGCCUGUUGAUGCACUUGUUAUUAUAUAGAAAUUGCUUUGAAACAUGAUUAUACAAAUGACAAAGAAUGACUAAGGAAGUAUAUAUUCUGAACUCAAAAAAAUAAUAUGUAAAAAAUCUAAAUCUUUUCUGUAAGAGAUAUAAUACAUUUUGUGAGUAAGGUGUUGUUCAUAUCUGGGUUCAAAAGCAUUUUAAUAAGUUCAAAAUAUUUACAUUUAUUACUGGCUGUGGGAGAUUUUGUGCAAUAUUAAACACAAUUGUAGAGGAUACAUGGAUGUAGAAGAUAGGAAUACAGUAGAAUAAAUCAGAUGAAAAUUUCAUCUAAUGGGACCAUUCAAUUUUUCCUAUUUUAUUCCAUUUUUGCCACUGUGCUUUAUAGGCCUGCCACAACAGAAUGUGUUUGGGUGAAAUGCUAUGUUAUUAUGUGCGGACAAAAUACUACCAUGUAAUUUGAGUGCUUGCAAAUUUAGGUUGGCAAGGACAUUACAUGAUCCCUUAAUCAAUAUAUUUAUUAUGUUAGUUAUGAAUAUAUGAUUUGUUUUCAAGCAUAAAAUCUACAAAAGUAAUUAUACCUAACACACACAUACAUAUAUAUCUAUAUAUCAUUAUUAGAAACAAUGGCAGAAAUGAGUGUAUUCUUCAUCAAAUACAAUUAGUUUUUGUGUUUAAGUUUGAUUUUGUUCACCUCAGGAAAGCACAGUCAAUGUAUCAUGGUGACAUGGUAUCAAGGGGACUUAAUAUGCAUAGUUGUAAGGGCUUAUUUACAAUACUAAGAAAGCCAUGUUGUUUUUGCCCUGAGCCUAACUGGAUUACCAGGGCUUUUGGCGGUAAUGUGUGACAGGGAAAAGCAUAUCAUCCCUCGUCUUAUGGUUUUACACCGACCAAAAAAAAUUGUACUAUCACUAAUGUGCUGUGUCACCCUGAACAUUUGUUGCUCUGGCUGGCUGCUAGCACACAGAAACAGGAUGACAGGAGAAGGGCUAGUUUACUGGGCUUUGUUUGAGCCUAAUCUUAUACUAGGAGGAGAGUUAAGUGAAGAAGGUUUAUUUAAAUCUCUUAUCUAGUCCAGCAGUAGGCUUAAACCAGGCCAUCUGAAAUGGACUAAAUGUUCCAGAAAUGAGGCAAGAGUGGCAAGAAGAGGCAAGAAAUAAAAAUAGAGGAGAAGAGUAAAGUGUAAAGCAACAAAUCCUGUCAAUCAGGCAUCAGGGAAAAUAUCAUCUUUUGUUUAAAAGUAAAAUGAAGUAACAAGUGCAUGAGCCUCUAGCAGCAGUCCACAGAUCCCCACUCCUUUUCUCCUCAGACCCACUGGCAGCCAUUCUCACUAUAAAUACCAGACCUGUAUGACAUGGAAAUCUCGUAUGUGCACAACCAACCUAUACAUGGAACAAGCAAAUGGUGUGCUUGAAAAACCUGCCAAAAUUGUGCUUUUGUGUAUAAAGUUUAAAAGUUCAAAGCAUCAACAACAACAACCGAGAAAACAUUAAAAACAGCAUUGUGUAUGUGGUUGGAUCAUCUGGGCUGUUUGGAGAAAAAAAGAACAAGUUGUAUUUGGAAACAUUAUUGGUCUGUGUAAAGUUUCUAUACAUGUUGUGUUUGUAUAAUGAGAAAAAAAAUCCUUUAUGAAGAAGAGACCCUGCCUUCCAUGUAACUUGUGGGUUGCAGCAGGGGAUGUUUGAAAGGAGAAGUAUAAAUUUAAAUAUAAAACAGCAACAGAAAAUAGCUGAGAACUUUAAAUGGAUUGACAUAAAAUGUUACAUUCACUGUUGUAAGUGCAAUGAGCUAUUAUUCAUGUAAACCAUUGUAAACCUUGUGUAUGUUUCAAUGUAUACCUGUAAACAGUUGUAGUUGGCUUGGUGCAUCAUGUCAUGUUAUGUGAUGAAUGAAAUAAUGAUCCUACAAUACAUUUCAAUCAGGAAAAAAGAAUAAAUAAGAAUUUGAAAAACAA